ACUGGCCUCUGGCCCUUACAGGGUUAGCCAAUGGGAAGAGACAACUGUGGGGUGGGGACUGCCUGCCCCCAUGAGUACCAGGCUGCAGAGGCUGGACCAUCUCCUCACUUCCAUCCUGACUGCAGUCUGUGGGUCUGAUUCUACACCUGAGGGGCUGACGGUGCGGAUCUGGGUUCCAGGGCUCAGGAUGCUGUUGCUACGAGCUGUUCUAUUGCUACUGGUCCUGCCCAUUCGCGGCCAGGACUCCGAGACAGAAGGGCCUGGAGUCGUGGUUCCCCUGCCAAAAGGGGCCUGCACAGGUUGGAUGGCAGGCAUUCCAGGGCAUCCCGGCCACAAUGGGACCCCAGGCCGGGAUGGUAGAGAUGGCACCCCGGGUGAAAAGGGUGAGAAAGGAGAUCCAGGUCUUGUUGGUCCUAAGGGUGACACUGGUGAAACUGGAGUAACUGGGAUUGAAGGUCCCAGAGGUUUUCCAGGAAUCCCAGGCAGGAAAGGAGAACCUGGAGAAAGUGCCUACGUAUACCGCUCAGCGUUCAGUGUGGGAUUGGAGAGUCGGGUCACAGUCCCCAAUGUUCCCAUUCGCUUUACCAAAAUCUUCUACAAUCAGCAAAACCACUAUGAUGUUACCACUGGAAAAUUCCACUGCAACAUUCCCGGGCUAUACUACUUCUCCUACCACAUCACAGUCUACUUGAAGGACGUCAAGGUCAGUCUCUACAAGAGAGACAAGGCGAUGCUCUUCACCUACGACCAGUACCAGGAGAAGAAUGUGGACCAGGCCUCUGGCUCUGUGCUCCUCCAUCUGGAGACGGGCGAUGAAGUCUGGCUCCAGGUGUAUGGGGAUGGGGACUAUAAUGGGCUCUAUGCAGAUAACGUCAAUGACUCCACCUUUACAGGCUUCCUUCUCUACUAUGACACCGUUUGAUCACAACUAACUUAGAACCUCCACUGGGCCAGACAACCAAAAGUGAAAGAACAGUCUGCAGUUUCUCAGUGUAGUUAGGAGAUUAAUUUUACAACCUAGUUGGAGGGCUCUGAACAUUAUUCAUUCAUUUACUCAUUCAUUCAUCAAGUCCUUUAAAAAAAUUAUAUACUAUGUUCCUGAAGAAGACAUGGUCCCUGGCCUCAAGGAUCUGCUAUGCAGUAGCAAUGAAAGGUUAAUAACAUUUCCUGGGGUGCUUUGCACACAUGGCAAGAUACCUGACUACCAUAAAGUAUUUCACAGUGUUA